GACUGCUAAUUGCGCUUUGUCUACGAACCCAUUUUUUUCCUGGACACUUGUUAUCCCGCUGUACCCAAAUGAAAUUACGUUAGGGAUUUGAUGGAUAAUAUCAUUCAUGUGAGAGUGUGCAUUGAGGACUUUCAAUUUUAUUCUUUUCAUGAUUUAAAUAACUGUAAAUAAAUCUUUGUCAAAGUUAUGACCCACUGUGACUGAUUAAAGCUCAAAAUAUUUCUGAAUAGUGAAUCCAUUUGUGAGUGCUACUGUAUACGUAUUGAAUCGUCUUCGCUUUCAAAUGUAACACAAAAUAGAUAAAAAGGUUUUGGACAAUUUUUUUGAGUGUUUGUUGACCGAACUUCUUUUGAAACUGAAGGUAAAUCGGCAUUAUGUGUUUUAUUAUCUUCCACUGUUAACUAAAGAAAUUGAAAUUAAGAACCGAUUUCCGUGAGAAAAAAAAUAAGGUCUGACAUGGAACGCAGCCGCCGGGCGUCGUCAAGCUCAGCGCUCAGUUACCUGAAGAAGCCCUUCUCCUGGAGACUAGGCGCCCUCAAGCUCAGGCGCUCCAAGAGUACUGAGGUUGCUUCGUUCCCGGUGUUCGAUCCUUCAACGGCGACUACCUUUGACAACGAGAACAGCAACUUCGUGUCGUUCAACAGUGAGCUGGACAGCGCCGUGACCCAAUACCUCUCACAAGUUACUGAGCUUGGCUACAGACCCACCAACGGCGGAUCUAACCUCUCCUCUUUCAAAGCAGAUUGGAAGGACAAGAAUAAUUCUGUAGCGUCCGUCAACUCGAGGACUUCUGAGCGAUUGCUUGCUGUCCAGUUCCAGCUGAAUUCCAGUGAGAGACGAAAUUUGCCAAGUACUGUCGACACUGAAAAUCGACGUACUGAAGACAACGGAGCUAUUGAAAUCACCCGAGAAGAAAUCCUUGACGUAAAUAGUUUCGAUGAAAACGUCAACAGCGAAGAUUCACCGGUCGUAGAUAAUAUAAAUUACCCAAACUUCAGUGAAGGUCCAUGUGCACAGGAAAACUUUUACGAGAAUGGCAACGUGUCUGUCACUGAUGAACCGAUUUAUGAAAAUCUAGACGCGUCCUUGGAUGAAGUUUUCAAUAAGGAACCGCUCUAUGACAUCGUACCUAGACGUCCUCAAGUCCCUCCUAAGCCUGAGAGUCUUGCACGGACAAUAAGUCAAGAGAACGAGAUCGAUUCUUCGAGCGAAGAGCUCAAAUGUUGCAGCAUAAGUGAAGAUAGUCAAUGCGCUGACGACAUUAGUGGCGACUCUCUGUCAGCGGAAUCUUUAACAGAUUUUUUGACGCAAGACAUAGAGAGAAACUCGAAGAAGAGGAAAAAGAAAAACAGAGAACAACAUACCGAGCAGUCCUGCAGUGUUGACGGAUCGGAAACGUCUGACUUGGGCUCUUCAGGCAGUGAGGAUGUUCCUUCGAUAGACGAAUGGCCGUCGACCACUUCUCGCGCUGCGACGACAGUUUCUGUAUCGUAUGAGGUGGAGGAUAUUCGGCCAACCAAGCCUGAAAUUGCCCUGGAACUGCUGGAGGACGAAGUUUUGGCCGAACUUGAACUGGAAAAAUCACUGGGUUCCAUUUCACACAUUGAUAGAAGUCUCACUGCACCGAUUCUUGAGCAAAUUUCCGACGAAGAAGACUCAAUACAAGCGAUUAAUUCUUCAAUCGUGGAGGUGUGUCGCUCCAGAGACGAAAUUGAUGAAGCAAGGAUCAUAGAUGAUGUGGGCAGUUAUUCAGAAGAUUUGAUUGGUGCUUCAUCUAUUCGCCACUCGGUUAUAAUAGAGUUGAAGGAUUCCGACAAAAUUUCUCCGUGCACAAAACAAGACCUGAAGCGAAGUGGCAGUCUUCAUGUCUCUGGAUCUAACUCUGAAAAGUGUUACCGAAAAAGCAAAUCCUGUAAGAAGAAAAAUCGUCGUAUGAGUGAGACUGGGAUUGGCAUUUCCGUGGGUGUGAUCCAUAAUGCGAAAACCAACACUAAGGAGUUUCAUGACUUAAGCGAUCGACAAAUAAGACAGCAGGUUAUUGAAAUAUGUGACGACGGAACUUGGGGUCUUAAAAAGGGUGACGAAGAAACAGACCUCUCACUUGACAUAGAAAUUCAGGCUGCAGGACCGGAAUUCAUAGAAAAUAGUUCAGCGGGACGGGAGGAGAUCGAUAAAACGGAAGAGGCAAAACAAUCAAUCAACGAUUGUAAGACGACUGUAAACCUCACCUGGAAGAAGGCGCAGUUGCCCACCGAUAACAAAAAGAAAAUCAAACAAGAAUCAAGUCUGAGCAAGAAAAAAUCUCCAAAAAUGGAAGAAUGUUAUUCGAUAGCAGCACCGCCUCAGGCAUUUUCGAAUCCUGAUGGCUCCGAUGGCGUGUUUAGUGCAUCUUGCGUGGCUCUCAAUUCAGAACCCAACUCACUUGCUUCCGUGACUGGCGAAUCAGUUGGACAUAGGAUAAACGCUAACCAGCCUAUCAAUACAACGACGAAGGCCAACUCUCCUUCACCGAGCAAAAAGAAAGAACCAUUUUGGAACGAAGCUGCAAAAGAAGACGAUGGGUUACAAAAAGACUUGAAAAGCAACUUAGGGCUUGCAAUCAUGGAAUCCUAUGACAAAGAGAUGAACAAGAAGAGGGAGAGCUUGAAUUUGCCGGAGGUGUCUAUGCUUGAUUUCGGUCAAAGCGCAUUUGAUCUGGAGGUUGAUAGGAAAAACGUCAUCAAACAGAUGAUAGUAAAAACAAAGAAAAAACAGUCUUGGUUUGGAGGGCCUUCUGCAACGGAUAUGGAUGCCAGUGUUCCGAAAAAAUCUUCGUUUAAUGUGGUUAAACGAUCAAAUUCAAUGUCUUCAGUUAGUGGAGUUGGAAGCAAGAGUUUUAGUUCGAGAAAUGGCAAGGAAAUGAAGAAGGAUAUGAGCUUUUUGAACAUGAAGAGCGCGGCUUCGAGAAUUCAGCGCACUUCUAUUGGAGAGGAUGAAGACGACAUUGUUUUCCCGAGUUUCAUGAGCAACACUGAGAGUUCAGACGACAAAAAUAGUUCGGAAAAGUGUACUCCUGCCAUCGAGCCCAUCCCUAACAUUGAACUGACUAUCAAGAAGUUGGGUGUUGAUCAAUUAACCCCAUUAUCUCCUUCGUACAAGUUAAACAAACACUUGACCGCUAUCACGCCGUUCAAACCACCCAGCCAAAAUAAGCACUCUAGCAUUAAAAACAUUAAAGCUUCAUUGCCAAUUGAUGCAGUUCCGGCCGAAGAGUGUGCUCAAGUAGACAUUGUGCCCUCUCCUGUAACUGACAUUCCCAAAGGAAAUCCUGACCAGAAAUCCUUAGAAGAAAUUAUUAUCACUGACCAACCAGCCUCAUCUCCAGCAUCAGCGCUAUUUUCGUCUCAAGUUGACAUCGACUCGACUGCUCACGAAUCAGGUUUUCCAGAGCAACUACAGAUCGAUAUUCCCGAGACCAAGAACAGCAUGGAUGAAAUUUCUGCUGAAGCUGCUGCAGAAGUGGAGACGCUGCCUGCACCGCGAGCUAAAGGCGAGGUGGACGGGGGCAGCAUCCUGCAGCAGAAAGCCCUCACCAAGCUCUACUGGGAGAAAAAGAUGGCAACUGCCGCCCAGGAUGAUCUCGGCUGGGAGCCUGUAGCCAACGUCUGCUUCAGGGACCCUAACGCCCAAGAAGACACUCCCAUCACCGAAGAUCCGACACCUGCGGCUUCCGGAGACGCGGAUUUCCUUCCGGCGCCUCCACCGCAGUUCGACAACACGCCACCGGAGUCCAUCCAAGACAACGACACCCAACUUCAUCCGAAGAAAAUUGAGCUCGAAAGAAUUGUAAGUUUGGACGACGAGAUUUCGGUCCUCGAGCGUGAGGUUCUUGGAGACAUCGUGGCGUCUGACGUCGAAGAUGACGUUGAAGAAGAGGUAGUCAAACAAAGCUUGAGGGAAAACGACGAACGAACAAAACGUAAUCUUAAAUACGUUUACGGGGAGGAAGGCGUUCAGGAACUCUCGUCUUCCGUCACGGGUCUUGUGCAGAAUGGUCACGACGAUCCUGACAGGGUGCCUACGGUAAAGCAUGGGCACGGAGAAGCGCAGGUCAAAGUUAACGUCAUCGAGGCCGAAAUUCGUGCCCAGCAAGAGCGGGAACGCGAACUGCAGCUCGAACAGAUGAAGAAGAAAGCAGUGCUGGAGAAGAACUUGCAGAACAGCAACAAAACUAAGCAGAUUAGGCAUAAAGAUGCUUCGUCGCCGCAUGAUUCAGACGAAGGUUUUGUUGAUCCUCCCGUUGAACGGCCCUCUAACGUACUUACGUCGCCCGUAGCAGUGAACACAGACGUCGGCGGCACGGGCUACACUCAUACCGUCACGGACCACGAUGGAGAGCCCGUUAUUUACGAUGCUGUUGAGCCCGUCAUGUCUAACAAGACCGCCCCUGAAGCUCGUGUUGGCCUCAGCAGCCCAGUGUCGGCCAAGCCGCCACCCGCGGCCUCCAACACAACCGAGACCAAAAUCGCCCUCGAGAUCCGCGAGCUGAAGGAACGCGAAGAAGAACUUCGCCGCAUGCGGGAGUUGCGACAAGGCCUCAAAAAGACACAAAAUGUUAGCCACAACAACAGUAACAACAACACAAAGACUAACAACAGCCUUGUGAACGGUAAUGCACCAGCCAACAGCGCCGGUAACGGCUCCGGCGUGCACAGCGAAGAGUUCUUCGCGGAAGAAUACGACGGCGAAGACCAUGGCAGCUCGAGCUCCCGGGAGAUCUUGGACGACCACCUAACAUCCCUCACGACCACCACCGACGAGGGCAACUUCUCUGAAUGUGGAGACGCCACCUCCUCCGAGGAUAAAAGUUCCAACGGCUCCAAUAGUCGCAUCGUGUCACCCGAGGUGCCCGCAGGGGAAUACCCGCGCCCGUCACGACGCGUCACCGUGCGCCCCUUCCAGGCCGACGACGAAGACGAGCGUCCGGUCUACACCCG